AUGCAAUAAACUGUGAUUAUAGAUGGUCAUAUUUUACUUGGACUUAUUUCAUUUGACAUGAUAAUUGCUAUGCACUUCUUGAUUGUCAUCUACGUAGAAAAUCAAUUAGAUCCAGAUAACCCAUUCAGAGUAUUUAUGUGUUAGUUUAAUGGAUUUCUAUCACCCCUAGCCCUCGAGUCUUAAUUUGCUUAUCACUGCUGUCUUUGCCACUGUAUACUUAACAUGAUCAAGACAUUUCAAAAUAAGAAGGGAGUUUCUUAUAUUACUUAUCAUUUCGGAUCCUUGAGUAUUGGGUUUUCUUUUGCAAUUUUAUCAGUUUUUAUUUUGUAAGAUGUUGGUGUUAGCAUUAUGGGGGCAUGUGCAAUGGCUGAGGGUAGCUUUAUCGAGUAAAUUAAAAUAUUCUGA